UGGUUGGAUUGGUCACUGCUUCCUUACUAUUCGAAUCCUUUUGUUCUUCAGACCACCCACGCAAAACAUUGUUCGGACUUCGUGCGGUUCAAAUCCCCUGGGUCUACGCUAAGCGUUCACGAAACUAAAACAAGAAAGAAAAAGAACUCGCAAAUUUAUUUGAACUCCCAUUUCAUCCCAAAUGGCUCCCACUCAUCGUCGAGGACCUUGGGUCCCUGAGGAGGACCAGUUGCUGCUUCAGUUGGUUCGCGAGCAGGGCCCCAAUAACUGGGUCCGCAUUUCCCAGCACAUGCACUAUCGGUCCCCCAAGCAGUGCCGCGAGCGUUUCCACCAGAAUCUCAAGCCGACGCUCAACCGCGAGCCCAUCUCCGUCGAGGAGGGGAUGAUGAUCGAGCGCCUUGUGACUGAGAUGGGCAAGCGGUGGGCUGAAAUCGCCAGGCGGUUGGGCAACCGGAGCGACAACGCAGUCAAAAACUGGUGGAAUGGCAGCAUGAACCGGAAGAGAAGAGGUCUGCCUACGUCAGGCACACCUCAUCCCGGCCGCACUUGCAACGGCCGAGUGGAGGCUCCGUAUGCGCGGGCUUCGAUCAGCAUGAGCAGCCCAAUCAGUCGCUCUCGGUAUUCAUCCAUCUCCCACGACCGGCCACUCACUUCUUGGUCGAAGUCGCCUUCUCGAAGAGAAUCUUGCUCAACCACGUCCAUCGACUGCCCCCGGCAGUUGACCCCGAUCUACACACUCCCGGCUCUCAACCGCCCCGUCGAAACUCCCUUGACCUCGCCUGCUUUCUCAGAAGUCUCCAACACCCUCUCAAUAGAACCCCCCUCGAUGGUCUCCGACCAUAACUCAGUCUCCUCUGCUUCUCCACGGACCGUCUCUUCCCCGCAACUUCUACCCUUCCCGCUUGACCCCCGCCAGCAGUACGGCGAUUUGCGCAGACCCAGCGCACCACUCCAGCCUUCAGAGGACGUCUACUUCUCCGAUCUAUCGCUGAAGCAGCGAUGGGCUUCCGAUCGUCGGUCCUGGAACCAACCCUCUUCUUUACUACCGCAGACCUGGUCUAUGUCCCCGGAAAGGCCUCGACCGGAAUCCUUCAAGGGCGAAGCUCCCCGUGAUUCCCGCAUGGGCCUUGAUAAUUUGCUCAAUUAAUGACCACACGACCGUCUGCUUUAUGUUCACCUGUCUUGAUAUUGGCUCCCGAAGAUGAUUUUCUGGAAGCGUCUAAUGUAUAUGUGUGCCCCGA